AUGCGUUCUCUCGCCAUCAUCUCUCUUGCCGCCCUGGCUAUCGCCGGUCCCCUGAACCCACAGGUUGAGGAGGGCAACAAAGCUCUCGCUGCUCUCCAGGAAUCUAGCCCAGAUGACGCCGAGGCCGUUAAGAUGGUCUCUGAGGACCAACGCCAAGACCAAGGCGUUGGAGAGAUCCUGAGCGCCCUGGGCCAGAACAGCCCAGAUGACGCGGAAGCCGCUAAGGGUCUUGGACGCCGUGACGACGAUGUUGCCAGCAUCCUCGCUGCCCUCCAAACUGAGAGCCCUGAGGACGCCGCCGCGGCUCAGGAUGCCGUUGAGCCCGAUACAGAGAAGCGUGAUGACGACGUCGCUUCCAUCCUCGCCGCUCUUCAAAGCGAGUCUCCUGACGACGCUGCGGCUGCCCAAUCUGCGGUUGAGCCGGAUACGGAGAAGCGCCAGGACGACGUGGCUUCCAUUCUGGCAGCUCUUCAACAGAACAGCCCCGAUGAUGCGGCGGCUGCUGGCGCCAUUUAG